AGCACGGGGCAGUGAAGGACGUGCUUAGAAGAGACAAGGGUCAUUCAGUCGGGUGUCGUCACCGUGAGCUGAAGUGUAGCAGCGGCAGCGCGGACUGUCUUAACCCAGAGAUCGCCAGUGAAGCUGAGAGAGAGAGAGAGGCUGGGUUCAUUGCGCUGGCCGAAAACGAGACCCUGGCACAGAAUGCGGGUGGUUGACUGGUGUCCUCUCCCCCUCCUGCUCCUCCUCACCCUGACCCUUCCCACUCUUGUCCUGGCGGAGGUUCAGGAUGACACUAUCGCUCUAAGGACUCUUCACUCGAGGCCCAAGAGACAAGAUUCCUCGAUUCUCUUCCCCGACCCCAAUAGCGACCUUGAUAUGGAUAUGUUUGUGCCUCGACCUCCGUCCCUCAUCCUGCCCAGCCUAGAGGAAGGACCUGGCGCGGUGCUAGAGCUGCCUGAGGACCUCGAUCUCAACACUAUAAACCGGGACGGCCUCUCGCGGGUCAACACCGUCGACAACAUAGCGGCCUUCGCGGAGCUCUUCGGCAUCACUCUCCCUUCCGAGGACAAAGUGGUCGACAGAGGCUUCCAUAUUGUUUCCAGGAUGGGCAACGACGUCUCAGACGUCCUCGAGAUGGCCACGAUGGCCACGUGUAAGCCGGAGGUUCGCACAGUGGAGCUGGACCUUCCUAAGCAGGCCAACACUUUGUUCUAUCCGACCUGCGUGAGGCUAGAGCAGUGUGGCGGCUGCUGCUACGGCCCGCUGCUCACCUGCCGCCCCAAGGUCACUAAGGUGGUCAGGUAUAAGGUGCUCAAGACUGUAGUCAACCGCAGCAGCAACAUCGACACAGCCCGGUCACGCAGUGACAGCCGACGACAACGACGUCGAAGACGCCGCCGUCGCCGAGAGACUGUGCCAAGCUACCACGUGGUGGAGGCCAUCAAGCACGUGCAAUGUGAGUGCGGAUGCAAGGUGCAGGAGCAGGACUGUAAUCCCACCAUACACAACUACCUGCAGAGCGAGUGUGCCUGUGUCUGCAAGAGGAGAGACGAGGAGGCAAAGUGUGAGCAGCAGAGCAGCAUCAAGUACUGGGAGAAAGACUCCUGCGCCUGCUACUGCCGCAAGCCCGUGGAAUGCGGCACCGGCGAGUUCUUCUCCCAAGACUCCUGCAAGUGUGAGCAGCUGGUGGCUCGCGGUGGCUUCCCAGUGGAAACCAUAGAAGGCCACGUAGAGGGAAGACCCUCCCGACGCAGACCAGUUCGAAUCCCACUCCGCCACGAGUCACUCUCCAACAGACCAACGCUUCUCAACAUCCUUCAUUCGCCCCGCCGUGAAAUUUCGUUUUAAUCACAUCCUAUCACUUGCCACGUUCUUUUUCACGCUCAUGUUUCCUUGUCAAGCUUCUCGUUAACCUUCGUAUUUUCGUAUUUCUUUUUUGCGUUUCUUGCCGAUCUUUCUUAUCACGCUCCUUGUCAUAAAUCUUGCCAUUUUCUUCCCUCAGUGUCUAAAACAUUUCACGCCACACCCGUCAUUCUUCACGUCUUUCUAAUGAUAAGUAUUGUCAAACGGUGGAAAGUUUAGAGAGCAAGAUUACUUUUCCCGUUCCUCACAGUGUCUCAAGGCUAGACCAGCAGUUACCACCAGCCCUUCUCACCCCUCACGUCUUACUAUUUGUUGUGGAUUAUGGCAAAUACUGUCUAGAGGUGAAAGUUAAGAGCAAUAUUGAUUUUUUUUUCAUUCCUCAGUGUCUCAAAUUCAGAUAUACAAUUUUCAUUUACUGUCACCAUCUGUCACACUCACACCACGUCUUAUUAAUUGACGGUGGCUAAGGAAACUAUCGUCUGCUGAGAGUUUAGAAGAGAAGGAUUAGUUUACUCGUUAAUCUGAGUCUCUAAAGCCCAGAUCUGCAUUUGCCGUCACAUCCACGCAGGCCAACGUCUUCCAAAUAGUUAUCAGUAUUCAUGGAAAAUAUUACAAGUCGGUAAAAGAAUGAAAAAGCACGAUUGAUUUAUCUCUGAAUUGUCUAGAAGCCCCGGUCAGCCUUUACCACCACCACCCGUCACAUCCACUCUCUCCUAUCAUCUGACUCAAGAGCAAGAAUGAUUUAAUGGAAUCACACACACAAAUGCCCUGAUCACUUUUUUCUCGCCUUCAUGAAAAUAUUAACCCAUUCAGUACUAGAACGCAUUUUUACUAUGAGUUUUGGGUAUGAUCUAACGAUUUUGUUUACAUUAGGGAAAGGUCUAUGGUGGUCAGAAGAUCGAUAGCCAGAGUCUUCACUAUUUCACUCACCACAUAAGUUUCUGAAGCUAUAUAAAACCACCAUAUAGUAAGCAAAAUAAAUAGGAAAACGUGUCAUGGUACUGAAGAGGUUAAAGGAUCAUAACCCCAUAAGAAUCAUUUCAUAUUCUACUUCCAUCUCGUCACCUUUUGUAAUGUCCCUAUGUUAUGUUAAUCCCUAAUGUUACACUCCUAAAUACCUUAAUCAUGUUUCAUCUUUUCAAAAAUAAUAUAUAAGCAUUUCAUCUCACAUGCAUUAUCUUCAGAUUAACACCCUGCUUUCUACCUCUUCAAAACACUUUCAAUUCCUCACCUUCUGCCAUAGCCAUUGAACACUGCUGAGACACCCACAACACUCAGUCUCCACUCCUGACUCACGUGUACACUCCCUCCCUUGGCUCGCCCGGUCGCCUUUCCUUUUGAGCCCUGUCAGAAAGAUUUAGCUUAGGGUCAGGAGGAGCCGUGGUCACAAGUCGAGUACCUUUCCACAAUCUCCACUGUGAUUUGCUUUUUACUAUUAGCUAAAAGUCCUAUGUCCUGUUGAUACAUUCAGACUGUUUUGAAUUGUCUGAUCUUCUGACAGUCUUAAUAAUCCUCUGUGCAAUGAACAAUCUUAUUCAUUUAUCAUUUUAUCUGCUGACAGUAUUAAAGGUUCUCUAAUCUACUGAUACCUGCUGACACUAGAGUCUCCAGACCAGCUGACAAAAAUGACCCUAAUAACUGUUGGAUUUUUCAGCUCCUCAGGUGACUCAAAGACUGAGGAAGAUAGCUAAACGUGUGACACGUUAACUAACUUGUGACCUUCACUGUACACACCACAAUGCUGUUUUCCUACAUUACUCUUGAUAAUUUGUUAUGAUGUACUUAAGUCUGUAUUUAUUUGUAUUGUUUGUAGUAUUGAGCAACUAAAAAUACGAGAAUAACA